AUGGGGACCCGCUGCGGAGCCGGGUGGGUGGCACCCAGGGUGGCUCACGCCUGGCUCUGUCCCCCCAGGAACCUGCUGGAUAUGGACACCUUCUCCAAAUCUGACCCAGUGGUGGUCCUCUUUGUGCAGGGCUCGGGGAGCAGUGAGUGGAAGGAGUUCGGGCGCACCGAGGUGAUCGACAACACCCUGAACCCCGACUUCGUCCGGAAGUUCGUCCUCGACUACUACUUCGAGGAGAAGCAAAACCUCCGCUUUGACGUCUCCGCCUGUGCCCCCGCCACCCCCCCCCCGCCCCAGCACCCCCCCCUGCGCAAGCACAAGAAGAAGGGGCGCCAGGCCCGCGCCGCCAACAAGCAGUCGCCCAGCCCCUCCGAGACCUCCCAGUCGCCGGGCCGCGAGGUGAUGACCUACGCCCAGGCCCAACGCAUGGUGGAGGUGGACCUGCACGGCCGCGUCCAUCGCAUCAGCAUCUUCGAUAACCUCGACGUGGUGUCCGAGGACGAGGAGGUGCCCGAGGAGGUGCCCGAGAACGGGAGCAAUAAGGAGAACACGGAGACCCAGAGCGUCCCGCCCAAAUCCGGCAAGCACAAGAACAAGGAAAAGCGCAAGGACUCCAACCACCAUCACCACAACGCCUCGGCCGGCACCACCCCCAAGCUCCCUGAGGUGGUGUACCGGGAGCUGGAGCAGGACACCCCCGACGCCCCACCUCGCCCCACCUCUUACUACAGGUACAUCGAGAAGUCGGCAGAGGAGCUGGAUGAGGAGGUGGAGUACGACAUGGACGAGGAGGAUUACAUCUGGCUGGACAUCAUGAACGAGCGGCGGAAGACCGAAGGCGUGAGUCCCAUUCCCCAGGAGAUCUUCGAGUACCUGAUGGACCGGCUGGAGAAGGAGUCCUACUUCGAGAGCCACAACAAGGGGGAUCCAAACGCCUUGGUGGAUGAGGAUGCCGUCUGUUGCAUCUGCAAUGACGGGGAGUGUCAGAACAGCAACGUCAUCCUCUUCUGCGACAUGUGCAACCUGGCUGUGCAUCAGGAGUGCUACGGGGUGCCCUACAUCCCGGAGGGACAGUGGCUCUGCAGACGGUGCCUGCAGUCACCCUCGCGAGCCGUGGACUGCGCCCUCUGCCCGAACAAGGGGGGGGCCUUCAAGCAGACAGACGACGGGCGCUGGGCACACGUGGUCUGUGCCCUCUGGAUCCCGGAGGUGUGCUUUGCCAAUACCGUCUUCCUGGAGCCCAUCGACAGCAUCGAGCACAUCCCGCCCGCGCGCUGGAAGCUGACUUGUUACAUUUGCAAGCAGCGUGGCUCCGGGGCUUGCAUCCAGUGUCAUAAAGCCAACUGCUACACCGCCUUCCAUGUCACCUGUGCCCAGCAGGCCGGGCUGUACAUGAAGAUGGAGCCCGUCCGGGAGACGGGGGCCAAUGGUACCUCCUUCAGCGUGCGCAAAACCGCCUACUGCGACAUCCACACGCCGCCGGGCUCCGUGCGCAGGCUUCCCGCCCUCUCCCACAGCGAGGGGGAAGAGGAGGAUGAGGAGGAGGAGGAGGAGGGCAAGGGCUGGAGCUCCGAGAAAGUGAAAAAAGCAAAGGCCAAGUCUAGAAUCAAGAUGAAGAAGGCGCGGAAGAUCCUGGCGGAGAAACGAGCCGCAGCGCCCGUGGUUUCUGUGCCCUGCAUCCCCCCGCACAGGCUCAGUAAGAUUACAAACCGUUUAACCAUCCAGAGGAAGAGCCAGUUCAUGCAGAGGCUGCACAGCUACUGGACUCUGAAGAGACAGUCCCGCAACGGUGUCCCUCUGCUCCGCCGCCUUCAGACACACCUGCAGUCACAAAGAAACUGCGACCAGAGAGACACUGAGGAUAAGAACUGGGCCCUGAAGGAGCAGCUGAAGUCAUGGCAGCGCCUCCGCCAUGACCUAGAGCGUGCACGCUUGCUGGUGGAGCUGAUACGCAAGCGGGAGAAGCUCAAGAGAGAGACGAUCAAAGUGCAGCAGGUGGCACUGGAAAUGCAGCUGACCCCCUUCCUCAUCCUCCUCCGCAAGACGCUUGAACAGCUGCAGGAGAAAGACACGGGCAACAUCUUCAGCGAGCCGGUCCCUCUGUCUGAGGUAACAGAAAUCUACGAAGUCCCAGACUACCUGGAUCACAUCAAGAAGCCGAUGGAUUUUCAGACAAUGAAACAAAACCUGGAAGCCUAUCGCUAUCUGAAUUUUGACGACUUUGAGGAGGAUUUCAACCUGAUCAUCAACAACUGUUUGAAAUACAAUGCCAAAGACACAAUCUUCUACCGGGCAGCCAUCCGCCUGCGGGAGCAAGGAGGCGCCGUUCUCCGGCAGGCUCGCCGGCAGGCGGAGAAGAUGGGCAUUGACUUUGAGACAGGCAUGCACUUCCCCCACUGUGUAACGGUGGAAGAGGCUCAGGUCCAAGACAUCGAGGACGAAGAUGUGCGGCUGCUGCUCUCGGAGAAUCAGAAGCACCUGCCCUUGGAGGAGCAGCUGAAGAUCCUGCUGGAGCGGCUGGAUGAGGUCAAUGCUGGCAAGCAGAGCAUAGGACGGUCCCGCCGGGCCAAGAUGAUCAAGAAGGAGAUCACAGUCCUACGGCGGAAACUCGCUCACCCACGGGACCUGGGCCGAGACGGGCUGGAGCGGCACGGCUCCUCUGCCAGGGGAGUCCUGCAGUCGCACAACCCCUGCGAGAAGGACCUGCAGACAGACAGCGCUGCAGAAGAGAGCAGCAGCCAGGAGACUGGCAAAGGUCUGGGUCCCAAUUCUUCUUCCACCCCGGCACAUGAAGUUGGCAGGAGGACCUCAGUGCUCUUCUCCAAGAAGAACCCUAAAACUGCAGGCCCUCCAAAACGUCCAGGACGCCCCCCAAAGAAUCGAGACAGCCAGAUCGCUCCCGGGCACGGGAACAGCCCCAUUGGGCCCCCCCAGCUCCCAAUAAUGGGGUCCUCCCAGCGGCAGAGGAAGCGAGGGCGAAGCCCGCGCCCCAGCUCCAGCUCGGACAGCGACAGCGAUAAGUCCACUGAAGACGCUCCCAUGGGUGGGUGCGGGUCCGGCCGGCGCCCCGGCAGAAGCACCAUCCCGCCUCUCUUCCUGCUACCCCCGCCACGUCCUUCCCGACGCCAGGCUGGCCCUCUCGGAAGCGGUUUCUGGAAGCUUAACGUGGCUCCUACUGACAGCUCUGCUCCCUCUCCCCGCAGCACAACGCCCUCCAAGCAGGGCAGGGGGAAGCCCUCCUUCUCCAGAGUGAACUUGCCGGAGGACAGCAGUGAGGACACGUCGGGGACGGAGAACGAGUCCUACUCCGUGGGCACGGGGCGAGGCGUGGGGCACGGCA